AUGUGCCGCGAGACCAUUACCAUCGCCCAGUGCGCUCCUAAGGAGUCCCCCGUUCUCGCCUUCUACUGCGCCAAGCUCCAUCUUGUUGCAAAGGACCGCAUUGUCUGUGAGGCUGCUAAAGGAAAAUGCAUUUGCUUCUUUGGCUCUUGUGGUUCCAUUGAACGCGAAAUUCCCACCAAGGGAAUCGAUCUCGGCGAGGUCGUCAAGGCGCGUUGUGCUGAGUGCACUCCCCGCGAGCACCGAGUUCGCGACAUCCCCGCUCAGGAGAUCCUCGAGUCUGCUCUUCUUCGCUCUACUGACGGCCAGAAUGGCUGGGAAGAGCGAUCCAAGAUCCUUUCUGAGCUUUGGCUCAACAAGACCGCAUGUCCCUACCACGACGACACCUCCUCUGAACCUACUGCUCCUAUUUCUGAGGUCAUCAGCAUCACGGAUGGCGUCCAUCUCGACGCCGAAGUCAGUCACUCUGGUGCCGGUCUGAGCGCUGAGCCUGUUGAGCCUGCCAACUCCACUCCUGAAUCUUCUAUUGAGCUCAAGCCAGGCUUCGAAGCUGCUGUCGGAAAGCACUUUGGUGAAUCCUCCAGCCCUGAAAACACUGCCAUGAAGGAUGCCACUUCCUCCCCGGCCGGUACUGUCUUCACCGAGCCUAUCUACACCGAUUCCUUUGUGGCUGAGCCCGCCUCUACUCUCGCCGACGAGUGGACUACCAACGCGGACACCGCUGGCGCCGCUGAUCAGGAUGAGUGGACGACCAACACUGCCCCCGUUCGUGAGCAAGGUGACAACGCCGACGAUCACGUUUCCGAAUCCGGAGCCAAGGACAUUCUUGACCCCGACGAGGUUGGCAUUUCCACCAGCCGCUGGGCCCCUGGCAAUUCUCCCGUCAACUCCAAGCCAGCUGUUGACUCCAAGGAUCCUGAGAGUGAACUGGAACAGGCCCAGCCUCCUGUCGUCGCUCCCUCUCGACGUGCUGUCAACUUCUCAUACAAUCCUAACAAUGCUGAGAAACUUAACGAGGCCGUCGAGAUCUUUGCCAGCUUGAAGAAGGGCUUUCUCUGCGGUAAGGCUUAA